AUGCCCAGUGCCUUCUUCAAAGCUCAGAGCAUGCUCAGUCCUGUCAGCUGUGAGGAAAGCCCCUGUCUCCUGACAGUGUCCAGCUUACCCAGCAUGUCACCUACUUGCUUCACCAAGUGCUCCUGCAUCAUCAGGGACAGUUUGCCGGACUUUCUGGAUCGUGGUUCCCCAUCUAAAGCCCACUUGUCCUCAUUGUCACCAUCACCACUGUCAUCAUCAUCACCUUCGUCUUCACCAUUAUCAUCAUCAUCAUCGCUACCAUCACCUUCCUCAUCAUCAACAUCAUCAUCAUCAACAACACCAUCAUCAUCACUACCAUCAUCUUCACCUUCCUCAUCAUCAUCAACAUCAUCAUCAUCAUCAACAUCACAACAUCAUUACCAACACCAUCAUCAUCACUAA